CCGGCAGGUUGUCUUGGCAACGGGAGGUGGAGAGGAGAUGCGCCGAGGGAUGGAGGUGUAUGUCACCGAGGAGGCUGCUGCGCUCCUGCCCCACGCCCUGGGCCCUUGAAGCCUGGAGAGUCACCGCCGAGGGAUGAGGACGCGCCAGCCCGGGGGGACGCGCCGGCUGCUUUCGCGGCCCCGAACGCGCAGCGCCCAGCAGCCGCGCCAAGCCUGACACGCUGUCCUCUCCCCUCGCGCACAGGGCUCUGCGAGUGACCCGGCGGGCGAGCUCCGUGCUGCAUGGAACGGCUGCAGAAGCAACCACUUACCUCCCCCGGGAGCGUGAGCCCCUCCCGAGAUUCCAGUGUGCCUGGCUCUCCCUCCAGCAUCGUGGCCAAGAUGGACAAUCAGGUGCUGGGCUACAAGGACCUGGCUGCCAUCCCCAAGGACAAGGCCAUCCUGGACAUCGAGCGGCCGGACCUCAUGAUCUACGAGCCUCACUUCACUUAUUCCCUCCUGGAACACGUGGAGCUGCCCCGCAGCCGGGAGCGCUCGCUGUCACCCAAAUCCACAUCCCCCCCACCAUCCCCAGAGGUGUGGGCGGACAGCCGGUCGCCUGGAAUCAUCUCUCAGGCCUCGGCCCCCAGAACCACUGGAACCCCCCGGACCAGCCUGCCCCAUUUCCACCACCCUGAGACCUCCCGCCCAGAUUCCAACAUCUACAAGAAGCCUCCCAUCUAUAAGCAGAGAGAGUCCGUGGGAGGCAGCCCUCAGACCAAGCACCUCAUCGAGGAUCUCAUCAUCGAGUCAUCCAAGUUCCCUGCAGCCCAGCCCCCAGACCCCAACCAGCCAGCCAAAAUCGAAACCGACUACUGGCCAUGCCCCCCGUCUCUGGCUGUUGUGGAGACAGAAUGGAGGAAGCGGAAGGCGUCUCGGAGGGGAGCAGAGGAAGAGGAGGAGGAGGAAGAUGACGACUCUGGAGAGGAGAUGAAGGCGCUCAGGGAGCGUCAGAGAGAGGAACUCAGUAAGGUUACUUCCAACUUGGGAAAGAUGAUCUUGAAAGAAGAGAUGGAGAAGUCAUUGCCGAUCCGAAGGAAAACCCGCUCUCUGCCUGACCGGACACCCUUCCAUACCUCCUUGCACCAGGGAACGUCUAAAUCUUCCUCUCUCCCCGCCUAUGGCAGGACCACCCUGAGCCGGCUACAGUCCACAGAGUUCAGCCCAUCAGGGAGUGAGACUGGAAGCCCAGGCCUGCAGAACGGAGAGGGCCAGAGGGGGAGGAUGGACCGGGGGAACUCCCUGCCCUGUGUGCUGGAGCAGAAGAUCUAUCCCUAUGAAAUGCUAGUGGUGACCAACAAGGGGCGAACCAAGCUGCCACCGGGGGUGGAUCGGAUGCGGCUUGAGAGGCAUCUGUCUGCCGAGGACUUCUCAAGGGUAUUUGCCAUGUCCCCUGAAGAGUUUGGCAAGCUGGCUCUGUGGAAGCGGAAUGAGCUCAAGAAGAAGGCCUCUCUCUUCUGAUGGCCCCCACCUGCUCCGGGACGGCCCCCUUACCCCUGCUACUUCAGGGUUUUUCCCCGGCGGGUUGGGAGGGGCAGGAGGUGGGGUGGAAAUAGGGUGGGCUCCUUUCCUCAGGUAGAGUGGGGGGCCAAAACCUCUGCAGUCCCCGGCAGUGAGCUACGGACUCUCUUCCCCCUCACAAGGCUGGGGGCCUCCUGCUCUCGUCCCUGGCCCUCCCUGCACAGGGCAAAGCCAGUCUGGGUUCUGGCACACAGAGUUCAUGUUUGCGCCCUCUCCCUGCCCCUCCCCCCAGAGGGUGAGGAGGAAUGAGGGGCAUUGGUGGUUAGGUCGGUUGGCUGUCUUGAACAGCUGGAGGGAAGAUGCAGGGGUGGGAAGUGGCCAGGCAGAAAGAGCUCCAGGCUCUUGUUUCGCCCACCCAGCCCUCCCAUACUCACUGCUGACAGCUUUCCUGCACUGCAGCCUCCUGCUCCUCUGACUCUAGUGGGAACAGGCCCCAGCUCAGCCUCCAGCAGGGAGGUCACCCCUCCACUUCAGCUUGCCCUGACCUCCGCUCGCAAACCCCGAGCUUCCAAGCCUUUUGCUCCAGCCCUGCGGCUUCCCCAGAAGCCUGGGCUUAGGGUGGAGAUGCCGCCUACACACGACCCUGGCCCUCCACCUGCCUCCAGGCCACGAAAUGGGAAUUCCAGCACUAAGCCAGGCACCGGGCAGAAGCUGGGCCUUCCGCCUCCCUUGGAUGGGGUCAAGAGGCCAGGCCUGGCACAUUUUGGAGUGUCCUGGCUACCAGCUCUCACCCACACCCACGCACCCCCCCACACACACUAUGCUCUCUCAAGAAUGUAAUUUAUUGGGGCCCCCCCAGCUGCUUUCCUCACCUGCCCCUGCCCUACCUUACACCCCCAGCUUGACUUCUUUCCAGUCCACGUGUGUAUAUAAUGAUAUCUAUAUUUUUGCCCAGGUCUGGGUAUUGCUCCUGCCCAGACCCUGGCAUCCCUUUCCACUGUGUGUGUGACCAUGCUGGGGGAGGGGGACUCUGCUUGGAAUUAAAAGUUUGCAUUGGGUCCCUA